AACUUUACGGGAAAAGUAGUGUUAAUAACGGGUUCGAGUUCGGGAAUCGGUGAGGGAAUCGCCAAACUAUUCUCCAUAUUAGGCGCUAAUGUUGUCGUCACCGGAAGGAAAGCCGCAGACGUCCAGAGAGUGGCCAAAGAAGUGUUGGAAUUAUCACCAAAAAAGCUAAAGCCGUUAGAAAUUGUGGGAGAUUUGACUAAAGCAGAGGACGUGACAAAACUGGUGGACAAUACUAUUAAAACAUUUGGCAAAUUAGAUGUAUUGGUCAAUAACGCCGGUAUAUAUCCCGAGUCAAACAUUACUAUGAAGAACCUAAUGGAAGUCUGGGACCAGACCUUCAAUAUCGAUUUGAGAGCCAUUGUAAACCUCAUCCAUCAAUCGGUUCCACAUCUGGAGAAGACUAACGGAACUAUUAUUGAUAUCUCGAGUAUCGAUGGCAUUGUACCGAAUGUGUAUGGGUUGGCUUACAGUCCAGCAAAAGCGGGGUUAGAUAUGUUGACUCGAGUACUGGCACUAGAGUUGGGCCCCAAAGGCAUUCGUGUUAAUACUUUAAAUCCCGGUCUUAUCAAUGUAUCCAAACUUGGUUUGGCUAACGAUGACAUCGAUAGAACACCGUUGGGACGUAUUGGCCAACCCCUGGACAUCGCCAAAGGGGUGGUAUUCCUGGCCUCAAGUGAUGCUAACUUUAUAACCGGUGCUAAUCUGGUAGUAGACGGCGGACUCAUCUAUGGA